GGAGGUUGCACUGACAGAGGCCUGGCUUCAUAUAUCUGUGGAUGCUGAUGUAGGAAAUAAUCAGAAAAGUGCUGCCAUGUGGAAUCGCGUCCUAGAAGUUUGGAAAGAGAAAAUGGGGCCAACUCACAAGAUAUCAAGAAACAACAACAGCCUGCAAUGUCAUUGGCACCUAAUACGAACUUGUGUAAGUAAAUUUGUUGCGAAGUAUGAACAGUUGGAACGACGUCCACAAAGUGGUUCAAAUAAGGAUGACUUGGUGAUCAAAGCAUUACGCUUGUAUGAGGAUUUUUAUGCAACUCCAUUCAAAUUUCUUCAUUGUUGGGAAAUAUUGAUCAAGAAUCCAAAGUGGUGCUCACAGUUUCAUACAAAGGCAGGUGCAUCUAACAAACAAGGUUCAGAUAAUGGCAUUUCACCAACAUUGAAUGAGUGCUCAAGUACUAUGCCUGCAGAUCUUAUACCAUCAAAAGAAACUGACCCCGGUGGAAUUGUUCCACCACAAGGAAGGAAAAAUUGUAAAGACAAAAAACGCAGGUCAAAUGAAGAAAAAGGUGUGGUGGAUGCCUUGAAUAAUUUGCAAUCAACUUUAGAGAAACAAGUUGAUGUUAAUCGAGCAAACAUGCAAAUGAGGGAAAAAGUAUUGAUGAAAGAAAUUGAAUUAAAAGAAAAGGCUCAAAGGAGGCAGUACCAGAACCGCAUUAUGAACCAAGAUUUGAGGAAGCUAUCACCAUCAGUUAGAGCUUGUUAUGAUGUUAUGCAAGAAAAAAUUUUGAAAGAAUGGGAAAGUGAUGGUCUUUUCUAAUCUACAAAAGUUGCAUUUUAGAGGCAUCAAGUUUGAAGGAUUUGGCUUUGAUUUUCUCACAUGAAAACUAUGAUUAAGAACUUUUAGAUUUAUUGUCAUUCUUUAUUAUUUUAUGUGUUUUUGACUUUCUGUCUUACAUUUAGUUUUGAACACAUAUUAAUGUGUGUCGUACUUUAAUUUUUUUGUUUAGAAUGAAUGUUUACUUUGCUUUUCAAGUGUAGGUUCACCUGGAAUUAAA